AUGCAUUGCAUAGCAAGAAAUAAUGUUUUUAUAGUGAGUAAUUACCUUGGAGAAAGGAACCAUAUUUGUCAAUAUUGUGGUGCCAAAAAAUUUUUAAAUGAAACACAUUUUCUGUGCUGCCAUUCUGGAAAAGUUGCGUUAGCUCCACUUUCGCCUUAUCCACUGCUCAUGCACAAUUUAAUGACAGGCAACCAUGUUGAUCGUGCUAUGAAUCAAAAUUUCUUCAAGCAUAUUCGAAGUUAUAAUGCCUGUUUAUCUUUUGCUUCAUUCACAGCAAGAAUAGCUCCUCCGUCUGAUCAUGGGCCACCCUGUUUUAGGAUUUGCGGACAAAUUGUGCAUCGUGUUGGUAAUCUGAGACCUGAUCAAAAUGUUCUGACUGCAUAUUGUCAGUUAUAUGUUUAUGAUCCUAAUACUGCUUUAAAUUUUCGAAUGGAGCAAAAUGAUUGUUGCAUACGUGAGUUGAUGGAAUUUUUGCAGACUAUAAUUAGUCAAGAGAACCCAUUUGCUCUUGCAUUUAAAAACAUGGCUGAAAUUGAAGAUGAAGAAGUACGUCAAGCAGCUUUAGAAGGUCGACCAACUUCGAUUGUUAAAAUGUCAUUGCUUGAAGGUGGUGAUAGACGUCGAUACAAUCUUCCUUCACAUGAGGAAGUUGCCAUUGUUUUUGUUGGGGAUGAUGGUGCUCCACCUCCAUCUAGGGAAGUAGUUAUAUACCCUCGAGGUCAGGCCUUAAAAACAAUUUCAAGUAUGUCUGCAAAUCUAGAUCCAAUGAUAUAUCCAAUAUUUUUUCCAAGAGGUGAUGCUGGAUGGCAUGAGCAACUAGAGCAUCAUCCUGACCGAGCUACACGUGUUAGAAAUCGGGUUACUUUGUCUCAGUACUACAAUUACAGGCUUUCUGUUAGAGAAACCUUUAAUCCUAUAUUUUAUGGUAAGAAGCUUUUUCAACAGUAUGCUGUUGAUGCAUAUGUCAAGAUUGAAGGUCAGCGCCUUGCUUUUAUUAGAAAUAACCAAAACAGACUUAGAAGUGAACAAUAUGAUACAUUAUAUGAACAUGUAAAUAACGCUGCAAAUAACCUUAAUGUAAGACCAGGUCGUGUUGUUAUACUACCAUCCUCAUAUGUUGGAAGUCCAAGAGCUUUAAAAGAAAAUUUUGAAGAUGCAAUGGCAAUUAUAAAGAGAUAUGGCAAACCAGAUCUUUUUAUUACUUUUACCUGCAAUCCAAAAUGGAAAGAAAUUACAGAAAAUUUAAAUUCAGGUUAG